CACACUUCUGAGCGUUUCCAUCCGGCGCGACAGCCAUGCCGUGCACGUACGUGGUCAGCGUCGCCACGGGAACGCAAGGCCGGUCGGGGACCGAUAAUUACAUCUUCGUAACGCUGGUGGGAUCCGAGGGGUGCAGCCGGAAGAUUAGGCUGGACAAACCUCAGCACGAUGACUUUGAGAGGGGCUCGGUGGAUUCCUACCCGGUGGGGACGCAGGAGAAUCUGGGCGAAAUUACGUUGGUGAAGCUGGAGAAGAAAAAGCAUUUGACGCAGGACGACUGGUACUGCAGGUACGUCUCGGUGAGGACGCCGGGGGGAGACGGCGUGGAGUUCCCGUGCUAUCGUUGGCUGGUGGGUGACAAGGAAGUGGUGCUGAGAGACGGGCGAGCUCACCUGCCUCAGGAUGAUGAGACCACCCUGGUCAAGGAGCACAGACAAAAGGAACUGGAAAUGAGACGGAAAGCCUACAGAUGGAUGCAGUGGCAGCCAGGAUUUCCUAUGAGCAUCGAUGCAAAAAGACACCAAGAUUUACCUCGGGACAUCCAGUUUGACAGCGAGAAGGGAGUGGAUUUCGUACUGAACUACAGAAAAGCGAUCCAGAACCUGUUCUUGAACCACUUCAUGCACAUGUUCAAGUCGUCCUGGACUGACUUUGCCGAUUUUAAGAAGAUCUUUUUGAAGAUUAAAAGCACAGCCUCAGAGUAUGUGAUGCAACACUGGAAAGAGGAUCUCAUCUUCAGCCACCAGUUCAUGAACGGCUGCAAUCCCGUCCUCAUCCAGAAGAUCGGCAAAAUUCCGGACAAGUUUCCCGUCACCAAUGAGAUGGUCGCCGGCAGCCUGGAGAGGGACUUGACUCUCGAACAGGAAGUUAAGGCAGGUAACAUCUACAUGGUGGACUAUGAAGUGUUGGAUGGCAUCAAGGCAAAUGGUACGGACCCCCGCACCCCGCAAUACAUGACGGCUCCCAUCUGCCUUCUGUACAAGAACACCCAGAACGAGAUCCUGCCAAUAGCCAUUCAGUUGGGUCAGACUCCAGGCGAGGACAACCCCAUCUUCCUGCCCACAGACGGCGAGUACGACUGGCUCCUCGCAAAGAUCUGGGUGCGGUCGUCCGACUUCCAGCACCACCAGACGAUCACGCACCUGCUCAGGACGCACCUGAUCUCGGAGAUGUUUGCCGUCGCCAUGUUCAGGCAGCUGCCCGCCGUCCACCCGGUCUUUAAGCUACUCAUCCCUCACGUCCGUUUCACCAUCGCCAUUAACACCAAGGCCAGAGAGCAGCUCAUCUGUGAACGUGGUCUCUUUGAUAAAGCAAAUGCAACAGGUGGAGGAGCUCAUGUGGCGCUGAUUCAGAAGACCAUGAAGACUCUGACCUUCAGGUCCCUCUGCUUCCCCGACAUGAUGAAAGCUCGCGGUGUGGACAGCGAGCAGGAGCUCCCUUGCUACUUCUACAGAGAUGACGGCUACAAGGUGUGGGAGGCCACCAGGAGCUUUGUGUCGGACGUGAUCAACAUUUACUACAGCGGGGACGAGAAGGUGCGGGGAGAUGAAGAAAUCCAGGCCUUCAUUAAAGAUGUGUGCGACUACGGGAUGAAAGACUUCAAACACUCCGGGUUCCCCAGGUCGCUUCAAUCCCGCGAGGAGUUGAUCGAAUACUUAACCGUCAUCGUGUUCACCGCUUCAGCCCAGCACGCGGCUGUCAACUUUGGACAGUAUGACUGGUAUUCCUGGAUUCCCAACGCCCCGUCCACCAUGCGGAAGCCCCCUCCCAAUCGAAAGGGUUUGGCAAACAUGAGCCUGAUCAUGGCCAGCCUACCGGAUCGAGGGCGCUCCAGCUGGCACCUGGGGGCCGUCUGGGCUCUCAGCCAGUACCAGAAGAACGAGCUCUACUUGGGAACGUACCCCGACGAGCAUUUCCUGGAGAAGCCGGUCAAAGCUUCCAUGGAGAAAUUCAAGAAGGAUCUGGCAGAGAUCAGCGGUGACAUCAGGAAAAGGAACCGGGAACGGAAAUUGCCUUACUGCGGCUUGUCGCCCGACAAGAUCCCAAACAGUGUUGCUGUUUGAACGCAGAACCUCCUGAGUAGAAGGUCCCGAGUCAAAAACAAAAUUCACGGCGAUCAUUAAGGUGGGGCAAAUGAUUUCACUCGCAUUACUAUUUGGACUUUAUAGAAAGUGACAUCAAAAAGAACGCAUCGAGGUAGAUUCCCGUGUUUUAGGACUUGGGUCUUGUUUCACUUCAGACUCGAUUUGUUUUUUUCAUGAGAUGACGCAACUUUGAAUAGAAACCACAUGGGAAGUCUUUUGUUUUUUGCCAUCUUCCACAUGCGAACUCGCUGGGACCACAUCGGCACUCCGCCGGCACACAAUUUAAGAGCUUAUUUAGAGAACUCUCAAGUACAUUUCACAUAACGCGUAAAAGCAACUGCAGGCUUAUAAACAAUCCUUUAAAGAUUCGUUUGUACUAUCAACAUAUUAAAGCGUUACAACUGCUGCUAAUCUAAACUAACUGACUUUAAAGCUUAUUAGUUUACGUUAUAUUUCUGUCCCUGUGAUUUGACAGGCGCGCAAUCGCACUCGCAAAUCUGCAGUCGAGCGCGAAUUAUCACGCGUGUAAAAUUUUUUACGAGUAGAAAUAUAGAUAUUGAAAGACGUCGCUUAUUUUGUGUAGUCUUGACCAAUGUUCCCUCGAAGCUGCGCCACUGCGCAAUUGCGGACUUGUUGUGCACUCUCAGCGCACAUGAAAACCGAUCCACCACAGCCUGACAUCUUUUUUUCCAACACGGAAGCACACGGUCUCGAACGACGAGCUGCUCAGCCUACUUCUACUUUCUAGUUUACCUGACACCGCCCCCCUCUGCUCUUAAAGGGGUACACUCACAAUUACAAGCAGAACACACACCCGUAACUAUAUCUGCGGGCAUGACUGGUGGACCACACCCGAAACGUCAUAUCUGCGGGCAUGACACCUGUACAUUUUUCAAAUGCCUAAAAGAAACCAAUGGCUUCUACUUUUCAUAUUUUACUGUUCGUAUGUGAAUUGUGCCAUUGGAUUUAGCAACCAGUCAUUUUCCCUUUUUUGUUGUUGAAUAGAUUAAUGGCAUGGGAAUUUUUCCACUUCAUAAAACCAGUGUUCGUGAUUUUUCUUACCUUUGGUAUAUUUCACAAAACAGCUAUUCUUGAGUAAAAAA